AAGUAGCCAGGUGGCCCAAGGGGGUCACGAGGGGGAGAGAUGCGGGGCGUCCUCCGCCAAGACUGGCAGGUGACAGUUUGGUCCGCGGUCUCCACUGGACGCGACUAGCGAGGGAACAACUUAGGCAGCACGUCAUGUCCCCCCUCCUUCCCUCCCUCCCGUGACGAAUAUUUCUGCUUCUGUGCAGACACAGCGAAGGGACAGGGCGGGGGAAGAGGAGGGCGAAGAAGUGCGUAGGAUCGUGUCCCCUCCUCCCCCUCCUCCCCACCUGAGCGCGGCUGAGCGCCCGGGGAGGCCACGCUCGACGCGAGGAAGCGGCGGGCGACUGAACCGAGGCGGGGUCACAUGCUGGCCUUGUGGGUGGCCAGGCGCCGCCCAACGACGACGACGACACGCUUCGCUCGCUCUCCUUCCACGCCGAAUCUUGAGGGAGCAACGUCCCCUUCGCCGCCCAGCCUGCCCUCCUCGCCGAGGGAGCCGAUCCCUCUGCCACUGCUGCUGCUCCUGCUCCUCCUCCUCCCCCCCCGCCUUUGCGCCUGACGGGGGUCGAGUGUGUUGUGUGUGAGUGUGUUGUGUGUGUGUGUGGUGGGGGUGCACGUCCCCCUUCCCUCGCCCCAGCGGAGCCCAAGGCCGGGCUGCCCGGAUUGGCCGGGGAGGGCCGCGAGCUCCGCCCGCUGUAGCCGUGCUUGCUUGGCUGGGAGGGGAGAGGAGCGGGGCUGCGCUCCCUAGUCUGGAGCGGGAGCCUGGCAGCGGCGGCGGCGGUGGCUGAGGAGCAGCCGGAGCCUGCUGGUCUGAGGAGGAGUCAGCCCCGUAGCCCUCCGCUCCUUGUGCGCAAGGCAAGGGGGGGCCCCCUCAACCGAUCCAUGACCAUGGGCGACAAGAAGAGCCCGACCAGGCCAAAAAGGCAAGCAAAACCUGCAGCCGAUGAAGGUUUUUGGGAUUGUAGUGUAUGCACCUUUAGGAACAGUGCUGAAGCCUUUAAAUGCAGUAUAUGUGAUGUCAGGAAAGGCACCUCCACAAGGAAACCUAGGAUAAAUUCUCAGCUUGUUGCACAACAAGUUGCUCAGCAAUAUGCUACCCCACCGCCUCCUAAAAAGGAGAAGAAAGAGAAGGUGGAAAAGCAGGAAGACAAAAAGCCAGACAAAGAAAAAGAAAUUAGUCAAAGUGUUAUAAAGAAGAGUACCAACAAGAAGACUAAGCCAAAGUCAGAUAUUGUGAAAGAUCCUCCAAGUGAAGCAAACAGCAUACAGUCUGGGAACACAACAACAAAGACCAGUGAUUCAAAUCAUACCUCAAGGCCCAGACUGAAAAAUGUGGACAGAAGUACCGCCCAGCAGCUGGCAGUCACAGUGGGGAAUGUCACAGUAAUUAUCACAGACUUUAAAGAAAAGACUCGCUCUUCCUCCACAUCCUCAUCCACAGUGACCUCCAGUGCAGGAUCAGAACAGCAAAAUCAGAGCAGCUCGGGCUCCGAGAGCACAGACAAGGGCUCAUCCCGUUCCUCCACGCCAAAGGGCGACAUGUCUGCAGUCAACGAUGAAUCUUUCUGAGAAUUGCACAUGGAAUUGUGGGAAACUUAUGAAAUCAGGGUAUGAAAUUCAUAUAUUCCACCUGUCCACUGGGCUGUUGUCCUGGGAGAGCUGCCAGUGCCACUUCCUCCUCCUGUGCUUCAACAUGAUUUUGGACAUCACCCCCUUAACUGAUGACACCAGGAUCAUUUGGGCUGGCUGUGGGCAUCUGGCCACCAAGGAAUUUCGCACCCUGACAAUUACUUUUUGACACUUAUGUAUUCCAUUGUUUUAUAUGAUUUUCCUAACAAUCAUUUAUAAUUGGAUGUGCUCCUGACUCUACUUUUUUAUAAAUCUGCUGUGCACAGUUUUUCCAUGAACAUGGCAAAUGUUGUUAGUUUUUGGGGUGAGGGUAUGUGAGGCGGGUGGGAGGGGAGGGCUUUAGGAGUGUUUUUUAUUUAUUGCAUUCACAAACUCCAUCCUCUAGUUCUUUCAGCAUAUCCUUUUGAGUUCAGUUCUUCCUCUUCGUCCAGUUAUACUGUGUACUAUCAGUUUUGAUAUAAAUUAUAUAUAAAUAUAUAUAUAUAUAAAUAUAUAAAUAAAAUAUAUAUAGGGUUAUUUGAAACCAAUACAUGGAAAACGCUGGUGCUUGAAACACUGUGAAGCGAAACAAUUUAAGAUCUGGGACAGUGAAGUGCCCUUUGGAAAGUGCUGAAACUGAACUGGAACCAGUCAUGGAUUAACAGAGUGUUCCUGGAGGUUCAAACUGAAACAGGGCCUGGCUUUCUUCUUGUGCUUUUGGCUGAAGAGCACUGGACAAAGAUAGAUGUCUAUUUUCUUAUUUUAUGUUCUGUUUUUUGAAAUCCAAAAGGUCACUCCAGGUCACUUGCAUUCCCAGUAGAAUCUCUGAAAACAAUAAAUCUCCAGCCUUGUCCUACAACAGUGUAUGCUGUCCUGGUGGAAAAACCACAAGCCUUGCUGGUUUCAGAAUGCCUAGUAUUAAUGUGUAUGAUGGCUGCACACUAACUUUGCCCAGUUUUGCAUAACCAGUCUCACACAAGUAUGAUGUUCUGUAAGGUUAAUCUAGCCAUGGUCCAGAUCUGUAUUGGUUAUGGGGUAAUGUGUAAUAUCUAUGGGGAAAUGUCUGCUGGCUUUUAUGAUUCAAGGCAGAGAAUAGCAGCCUUAAGACUGAGGGUCCCCCCCCCCAAAAAAAACCCCUAAUAUAAUAAGGCCUCUACAUGAUCUGGUGUCAUAUGACUUGUUCUCAAUGCAGAUCUUCCAUGUUUUGUCUCUAUACUAUUUGGUUUUAAUUUAAUUCACUGUGUAUCCCAAGGGUGAUGUUUUUUUAAACAGCCUGUCGUCCAAUGAUGAUGUGUUGGGAUAAUUGUGUUUUGAUAUGUCUAGAUAAUAUAUCUUUCCAUGGAAGCUACAAUUGUGAAGAACUUUAAUACUGACAGUGGGGGCAUCAGGUUGGUCAGUAACUUGUUUGUUCUUGGUAGAAAAGCAUUUUUAUUAUAAGCUUCCUUUCGGGCCCAUUAGAAUUGUGUUGCAGUUUUACCUAGUUUAAAUGUGUGUUCUGCUUCAAACACUAGAAUGAAGAGAUGGAACACUGUUUAAAAAACAACCACAACAACCCUUCAAGCUCUCAUUGUGUGUGCUUUUUUAGGCGACCCAGAGUGCUUUGCUGUAAUUUCAGUAACCUUUUUCUUCUGAUAUCAAAAUGGAUACCAUGUGGGUGUUUAUGCUCAAAGGGCCACUUGCCAGAACUUGGUGCUAGACAAUUACUGUACUAAUUUCUUGCUUGAAAAAUAUAAAUUAUUUCUGUUGUGUGGAGGCAAUGAAAUUGUUGCAUUUUAUCAAUUUAGUUUUAAGUAGUAGCAGACACCCAAUUUUAAAUUUUUAACCUAUGCUUAAUAAAAGAACUCUGCUCAAAGAGGUAGAGUAGCAGAGCAGUGCCUUUGCAGCUGCAGUUUUGAUUCUGAACAUGGUGGGUUCCUCAUUAAAUUGUUCUUGUAUCUAUUCUUUUUUGAAAUUGUAUUCUUAAAGUAUUUAUUGAAAAAUAAAAAGAACCAAAGGAAAACCAGAUGAUUCUCAUAAGCUCUGAAACACAAUAUUAUGCGUAGUUUUUAAUAGUCCACACCAGUCCACAUUUUUAACAUUGGUAAAAUAUUGUAAAGACAUUCCUUUUCCAAGUUUUACUGUUCCUUUAAAGGAUCUCAGGGAGGGUAAAUUGGUCAGCCAUAAUUUAUUUUUGGAGAAAAAUUUUAAUUUUUAAAGAGAUGUUUUGAACUUAGUCCCAGAUGUGUAUUUUGCACAGUUUUUUAAUAAAUGAACCAGAAUGAAUUUGGCCCCUUCCCAGCAAAGGCCUGAUCUAUGGGCAUGGGCAGUGGGAGUGCACCUUUGUAUACAAGCAAUGUCCUUCUGUCAGUGGUUCUCUAGAAAAAGGCCUUGGUCGGGAAAAAAGUGUGAGUGUUGAGAAAAUUACUUAACACAGUGAGCACCACUCACCAAGCACUGUUGCUCUGUAUCCUCCAUUCAUUUUAGUAUGGCUUCUUGUGGGCUGCCAUUCAGAUGGUUCACAGCAGCAGGGAUUGGCGGGUUGUCCCCUGUGAAACAUGCCCCUUGGGUUAGGUGAUAAAAGCUUUAACGGUAAUGAGCUGCUCAUUGGCUUACCAAUUCAGCGAAAUCCUCUUUGGGUUUUCUUUUUUCUUUUUCUUUUCUUUGAUGUGUGCCUCUGUGAUAUAUUAGCUUGUUAGGGUAAAGUAUGCAAAUCUAUCUUUGGUACAAGUGGACUGAAUGAAACUGCACUUGAUUGAAAUUGUCAGCUAAGCAUUCAAACUUUCGUGGGCCGCAUUCUUAGCUGUUGUGUUAUGAGUUUGCUUUUUUGCUUAACCUUUAAGAUGGACGACACUCCUUUAAAAAAAAAAGGCAUGUUUGAAAACUGAAUUCCCUUCACUUUCUGCAUUUCAGUUUGCCAUACGUUAGUUGGAGAGCAUGUUUAAAAUACUAGUCUAGAGGAAGGGCCAGAAAUGCUUGGUAGCCAGUGGCACAGAAAGCAGGCGAGGAAAAAGCACAGUGUUAAAUUUGCAAGUUUCAAUUUUUACACUACACAGAGACACACACACACACACGUGCACACCCAUACACACAACAGCUUGCCUGACUUGCUCAGUUUGACAUAGUCGUGCAAAGGGAAAAGUAAAGGCAUUUUUAAGAUGGGCAGCUUUAACUGAAAGCAUUUUGCGUGUUAAAAAUUGAGUUAGGUUUUAAAAUUGGGCAGUUGCUAUACUCAUUAAGAGACAGUUCCACCUGCCUUAUCAAUACCAUUCUCAGUCUACUUUUUUAAACAACCAUAAGCAUAAAUUAUUGAAAAUUUAUUAAUUGCUGACUAUAAUAACCUUUGCUUGUAUGUAACCGGGGGGAAAUGGUUUAAGAGCCAACAUUUAGAAUAUGACAAUGGAGCUGAACAGUUUUUAAUGCGCAAGCAGUUCUGUUCUUGUGUAUGACUUGUAACCUUAAUUUACUGUGUAAAGAUGGUUACAUUAUUUCUUUAGCUUUGUUUGUUUGGAGACAAAUAGAGAAUGCUUGUUUAAGUAUGUUGAGACAUAAUUUUAUCUUGUGGAUUUUUAUGUUAAUGUAUUAUACGAGCUAUAUUUUUCAUUUGCCCAGAAAGACAGCUUGUAUAACGCUUUUGGAAGUUUUCUGCUCUGUAAAGUCUUUAGAGCUGACAGUCCUGUUAAGUUUGUUUUUAAUCUUCAUGCUAAAAGUGUCAAUGGUGGUUUUGUGAACUGGUCAGAAAAAUUCACAGGUCUUAAAUGUUUUCGGGAAAUUUAUAUUGGACACUGCUCUUUGUCUAGCAAAUAAAAGAUGUUAAUAUAUUCCUGUUACCGGCAUGUGCACGACUGUUAUUAGAAGCCACUUUAUCAUUUUCCUGCUUUAAAUAGAAAUGUCUAUUUAUGAAUUCUGCUUGUAGUUUUUUCACAAAUAAAAUAGUAACAUUUAAUUAAA